UGUUAUUCAUUGUACGAUAAACAUUAUCACUGAUACAGUGUACCGGUUUCCUACAUUUUUUCUUUUCAACGUAUAACAUCAAAGUGUAAAAGUGUUUUAUUUGAAAACAAAUUAGAAUUUCCACUGUGAGCAAUUUCAUUAGAUACAUCUACGUUAGACAAAGUUAUUGUUAUUGAAAAUUUUCCAUAUAAUAGAGUUGAUAAAAUGCCGGGUCGAGAUGAAAGAACUGUGGAAGUGAUUGUGAAUACACCGAAGAGAUCUAUAAGCAACACUAUAGAAUUGUCGCUGUUUCUGAUCAUAGUGGCUACAUCACUAACCAGUGCUGCAGUGAGUAAUAUAGUACUUUACCGCACAUGUGUACACGCUCUCAACUACACUGAAGCAGAAUGCAGACCGUACCUGUCUCCUUUAAAAAACAACGAGACAAGCCACCUAGAGGCUGAAGUUCAAAAAUAUUCUACAUUCGUAAAUACAGUGAAGAUGGUAUUAGAAGCGGUUGUUCCUGCAUUUCUAUCAUUUUUCCUUGGCGCCUGGUCUGAUACGUAUGGACGGAAACCAUUAAUGACUUGGUCACUUUUAGGUGCAGCAAUAACGAGUAUGUUAAUCGUUCUGUUCGGUUUAAUGGAAAAUCUGGGUCCCUGGUGGUACGUAGCCACAAUAAUACCAUUUUCAAUUACUGGUGGUUUUGUGGUAUUGUUUACAGGAGCAUAUUGCUAUGUAAGCGAUAUCGCCUCUAAAGAAAGCACAUCGCUAAGAAUGACUAUGGUUGACGCCACAACCACAUCGGGAACAGUGAUUGGGUCAAUAUUAAGUUCUUACUUGAUACUGUCCUUUGGAAAUGUGUACCUCUUAUUAUUUGCAGCUUCGUUGAAUGUACUCGCUUAUGCGUUUACAAAUGUCUGUAUUAAGGAGUCAUUGAAUGGUGCAUUACAGGGUGGAUCCACCAGGGUGUUAGACCUUUUACUUGUAAAGGAUAUGUUCAGAGAAUCUUUUAAAAGACGACCAAACAACGGGAGGAAGCAAAUUAUAUUAAUAACGAUUUCGAAAUUUAUUCUGGUGUUUAUUACUUAUGGGACAAUUGCGUUGGAGUAUUUGUUCACGAGGCAACAAUUACACUGGUCAUUGCAAGAUUACACGAGAUAUUCAGCCGUCAGUACAUCCAUUUCAUUUGUGGGUGGAUUCCUAGGUGUUAUCGUGGUACAAAAGUUACUACGAAUGGGCGAUAUUACCUUCACCAUAUUAGGAUUAACGACCAGCAUAAUUGAAUAUGUAUUGAAAAUUCUAGCCGUAGAUUGGUGGUAUAUGUACCUGGGUUCCUUUAUUUCUGUAUUCAAAGGGCUAUCAAGUGCGUUACUGAGGUCUUUUAUAAGCAAAACUCUCCCAAGUGAAGAUGUGGCGAAAAUAUUUGCAUUAAUAUGCGCUUUUGAAGGUUUUGCUCCGCUGACAGUGCCUUUAGUUUACAAUACACUUUAUGCUAUGACUGUGGCAAUACUACCGGGUGCGAUAUACAUACUGAGUAUGGUACUCGUGACGGUUACAAUCAUCAUGUUAGGGUUUGUUCAAUACUACCAUUGGCGAGCGAGAGGAAUGCUGUACGAAACAUUUGAUUCUUCAGAUGCUUAAAGAAGCUGCAAUUAUAACAAUAGGAGAAUUCCACUUCUAGACUAAAUUAUGUUUAAUAACAAGUUACUUAUAUCAAUGAUACUGAAGAAAGGACAUGUAAAAUAAUACAGAGUGGACCAUGAAUGAGUUUGAAAGUCAUUUAAAAAUCGUUUGAAAUAUUUAAAUAAUGUUUAUUUACAAGAAAGCUACUAAAAUAUUUGGAUAUUAUUAUUUUAAUUAUGUCAUCUGAAUGACUAAGCGUGUGCCGAAGUUAUCGAAUAUACGCCACAGAGACCGCGAGAUCGCUUACGUCUCUUCCUUAAGUUGACAGUUAUUUGGUUUAUCGAUGUAGACAUGCUUCUCUAAUUCUGUUUAUUAAUGUCCAUUAAGGUGGAAAUCAUAAUCCCACUGAAUCCACA